GUCAGGCGAGCCCGCUGCCGGGAGCCGGGAGCCCGGAGCUCGAAGCCGGGAAGCAGCCGCAGCGAGCUCGCCGGGGCCGCCGCGAGGCGAGGGGGCGCACGGGGCGUUGGCAGCGGGGCGCGCGCUUGCGUCGCCGACUUGGAGUGGCCAUUCAACCGCUAGCCUCGCGGGCAACAGUCGCAGUGAGCGAUCGAGAGCGUCGGCCGUUGGGAGUGCGGCGGCUGGGAAGCGGUGGCGGCGGUCCCGUUAUCUUAGCGCAGACCGGAGCGGAGGCGCAGCGGAUCCUCAGGCUCCAGACGCUGAUCUUCGAGGGUGACUCCUUGCUGUAGCCCCCCCCCAGAGGGUCUCAGACGGAUUUGUCACUUGGUUUCCAGGGGCCACCAUGACGGUCACCGUGGUGUAUGAUAACUCUGAGGCCACAGAGCUCUGUGCAGCUCGGCACCUCUACCUCAAGCCCAUAGCAAAACUGAUGAUCAAUGUAUUGCUCCCAGAGACCUCAGAACCAACAAGGCCCUUCUCCAACUGGGAAGUUCUCGACCAGCUUAAGAGCCUAAUUUGCCCUGAUCAGUUCACCGCAGUCCGGCUCUCCAAGAGUACCAAAGACUUCAUCCGAUUUGAGGGGGAGGCUGAAACGCGAAGUUUGGUUCAGAUCUUGAAGGCAAAGUUACAUGGGAAGAUGAUCAAGCUAAACGGGUUGAAAACAGACCUAAAAGUAGUGGCUACAGAUGACCAGGCAGAGUGGGAACGCCUCCCCGGGGAAAAGGAGGCCUCAUUGAGUGAUGGGGCUGAAGGGCAAGACCAGGAUAAGAGCCCCGACUCCAUAUAUUUUGAAGGCUUGCCCUGCAAAUGGUUUGCACCUAAAGGGUCCAGUGGGGAGAAGCCCUGUGAAGAGAUCCUCCGGGUGGUAUUUGAAAGCUUUGGGAAGAUCAAGAAUGUGGAUAUCCCUAUGCUAGACCCCUACAGAGAAGUGACGACCAGUGGGCACUUUGGCGGUUUCAGCUUCGGCUUGCAGACGUUUGAGGCCUUUAUACAGUACCAGGAGUCGACGGAUUUUGUAAAAGCCAUGGAGUCCCUUCGAGGUAUGAAGCUAAUGCUCAAAGGAGAUGAUGGGAAAGCUCUGGCCUGUAACAUCAAGGUUAAGUUUGAUACAACCAAACAUUUCAGCGAAGGAGCCAUAAGGAGGAGAAAUCAAGAAAGGCUAAAGUUACAAGAACUAGAGGAAGAAAGGAAAAAAGAAAAGAGGAGAGACGAGAAAAAGGCCGCAAGGAAAAGAAAAGAGGAGGAGAGGAGAGCCCGGGCAAAGAAGAGGAAGGCCAGGGUCAGGCGGCGAGCCCAGAAGGAAAGAGACCAACCCCGGCAAAAGAAGCCGAAGGAGCAGGCCAGAGCCGAAGCUGCCAGUGAGCCGGAGUCUUUGGAAGAGUGGGAGGAAAGGAAGUAUCUGCUGACUCAGAGGCGGGGGGAGGCCCUUCGGCUGCUACGUGUCCUCUUGAGGACAAUUGCAGAAUCGACACCGUUUAACCCACAGUGGGCAGACGAUCCAAGCCUAGGGAGCGCCCUGGAAACGCUGAAGAAAGAAGUGUUAAACAGUCGGUAUCUUCAGAAUUGGGAAGAAGUGCCAAAAUAUCAUGUUGCCAAGUCACACCAUAAACGAAAACGAAAAAUGAAGAAAAGAAGUAGGUCUUACUUUUAUAAAUCUUCCCAGCACCACAAGAGAACAACAAUAAGAUAUUCAUCUAGAAAAGAGAGAGCUGGAAAAGCACUGGCUGAUGAACAUGACAGUUCGGUCUCUGACCAGAAUUCUUGGCAGAAUGCAAGAAUUCAAGGUCAGCCUCUUGAGAAUGAAGACUGGUACAGUUUUCAUGAAUCCAAUUUUUUCAGAUUAUCUGAGCAAUGGCAGGGCAGGAAGCAGAAGAUCUAUGAAACAGAUGAGUUUAUUGAUUACAUGUUCAACUACUAUCACGCUCCAGAAUAUGUCCGUAUCUGCCUACAACCAAGUUAUCCAGUAAUCCCGGAACAGUGGCAGAGGGCUGUCCAUGCUAAGGGAAAUGGAUUUCAAGUCACUUUGAGAAAAGAAAAGGAUCACUCCGCCAGUUUGAGCCCAGUGCAAAAGCCGGCAACAAGAGAACAGGCUCGAGAUGAUGACUUGUCAGAGAUUUGUACUCAGGAUCCUGAACAUGAACCGCAAAAGAGAGGAAGAGUGGGUCGUGCCAAAAAAUGUAGCAAGGAGUUAACAAAUCAUUGCAAGGACACUGCCCGUGAAGCUGGUGAUCACCUGUCCCCAGCUGAUGGAAACAGCCAUCUGUCAGAAAAGAUGCAUGCUUACCAGGACAGAGAUUCCAAAUCCACAAGUCAAAGCCAGCCUUCCUCACCCAACAAGUCAGAAGACUUAGAAAUACAGUUGACCGAUUUCUUAGAGGAAAUUAGUAGUGAUUCUGAAUGCUUCAGUGAAAUCCUUAGCACAAACAAAGAAGACGGAGAGAAAUCUGUGACCUCAUACUGUAGCUCCCCAGAAAAAAGAUCUCGUAAUGCUGAUGAAAUCCUCACUAGCAAUCAAAUUAAGUCAAGUCCACAGACCUGGUGUUCAGAGUGGAACCGUGACAGGGAGGAAAGCUACUCCGAGUACAAGCUUUGUAAACCGGUCAAGAGUUCCAAGUAUGAAUUGACAUAUUCAUGGCUUACAGCUGAAAACAGUUUCAUGAGAGGUGAGAGGAACAACAGCAAACAGAGGGAAACCCUAGCCCCCAGAUACAUGUUUGAUGAAGGCUACUACCGUGGAUCCAGUUCCGGCGACCAAUUAGACGACAUGACAAGAAAGAAGAGGAGGUUCGAUGAUAGUACGUUUGGCCAGAACGUGAACUAUAGGUCCCCUCCGGUGCCAAUAGCAUCAUCAAACAGUGCUAAUGUUUUCUACUUCAGGAAUUUCCCCCAAAGAAGAGAGAUCCCCUGGUUGCCAGAAUACAACCAGGAGGGGAGAAGGUUCAAAAGAAAUGAGAAUUUUAAAGAUUUCACACUGAAUUCUGGUAAUUAUUAUGUUAGACAGAGCAGUCAGCAGCACAUGGACUGUGGAAGCUAUUUACAAGCCAGGUACGCCAGUCCUCUGUCUCUCCAAAUGUUUUGA